AUGUCUGGGUUUUCAUUCUUCAGUUCAUUAAAUAAUAGUCUUAUCAAUGACUUGACAAACCAAUUGCCUCCGAGAGCUAGUGAUCGGGCGAUACACGAGUGCUCUCUCCUGAAGACAGACAACAGCACACUGUCAGCACUGGUGCCCGGAUGGGAGGGCAUCCCCACCGCCAUUAUCAUGAAUUUCUGUCUCGGAUUAUUAAUUCUGUUUGGUUUCGGAGCUCUUCGGCGACGAUCUAUCGUUAAGGAGAAACAGUACACAAAGGAAGUGAAGACUCACAUGAAUACAGAUUUCCUUCAGUUUAUUUACGACAACAAGAAGUCGAGUGAAAGCGAGUACUUCACGGAUAAACAGAUCAACCGAAACCAUCCGAAGGCAUACCUACCACUCGUUUUGCACAGUUAUGAUCACCUCAUCCCCGAUAGAGUCCAGGAGAAGCCCGAAGAGUCCAAUAUUGAACUCUUUACCACAACUGUUGGGUCACCACCUCUUGAUGCGGAAGACAAUCAAAAAGACGAAAAGAACAACAAAUCUAAACUAAAUAUCGAAAAUUUGGACAAAACAGGAAACUUACCGACUCUUAGGUCGCGAUCUGCCCGGAAUGCCCUAAACAGUAGGCCGACCACACCAACCGACUCAACCCAACCUCAAGAACAACAACUAUCACUCUUGAAGACCGUUCUGCAAGCGAAUGAUACGGAUAGUGUCAUCAGUUUGUCAAUUGGUCCCCAAAAAGAUAGAGAAUCACCAAAACCAACGGACAACACCACGAAGACACUCACGGAAUGGAUCAUUAAAUACCUGUUAAUCAAAGACAAAGACAUACUCCAGAAGCGAGGAGUGGAUGCACUGCAAUAUCUGCUCUUUCAGAGAUACCUCUUGUAUUUGAUGGUUUGUCUGACAAUCAUAUGUCUGCUAAUCAUUCUUCCGAUCAAUUUAUACGGAAACCGUUUGGAUGGCUUCGAAGAUGUGGCUUAUAAGAAGACGACCAUGCUCAAUAUUAGGUACACAUCACCACUCAUUUGGGUUCACGCUUUCAUGACUCUUAUGGUGGUCUUUAUGGGCAUUUAUUUGAUGGAAAACUACUCAAUGAUUAUCAGCCAAAGGGUGAUAAACAUCGAUAAGAAAAUACUAAUUAUAGAGAAUAUUCCGAACUCGCAGCGAAACCCAAGAUCUUUGACUGAUUUUUUCAAAACCAAGUUUCCCAACACAUAUAUCGUGCGAAUAGUUUUCGUCUACGAUAUCAGCAAAGUUUUGGAGCUCAUGAAAAGCCUCUUAACCACAAUUGAAGCCAAAAAAUAUUGCGCUCAUUAUCUGCAAAUAUAUGGGCAAAGGUGCGAAGUGAGGCCUUACACGUUGGGAAACCUAUUGGGUAUAUUAGGCUGUUGUUAUCACUUCCCAAAAGUGGAUGGAAUCGAGUUCUAUACGAAAGAGAAACAAGAACUCGAAGACAGUAUCAACAAAGAGUUGGAGAUAUGUGUGUCGACACCGCAAAGAAUGGCAUUCGUUGUGUUCAGCGAUAAAUCUGAAGCCAAAGAGCAAUGGCUUUGUGGUCAUAAAUCAGAUUCAAUGAACUCGUGGCUAUGGCAGGUCUCUUACGCUCCAUUUCCUGAUGAUAUUGAAUGGACAGACAUAUCUGCCGCCAGGUCUCGACUGAUGAUUUCAGACUUCCUCCUCAAUGUGCUGAUAGUCGUCGUCUUCCUAUUCCUUUCGACGCCUUAUUCUGUCAUUCAUUUACUCAAAUCAAUGCCAGCGCUCAAUGAGACUAUUGAAGAAGUGCCUCAUUUGACCAAAAGUAACGAUAAAGUGGUCAAAAACGGACCGUUUUUUAUAAACUAUGUGUUGACCGCCGCCACACUCGGCAACGCUCUCGAGUUGACACGAAUACCAGAACUCAUAUCAUAUCUCAUAUGUAUUAUCCUUAUGUCCAGAAGUCCCGCAGAAUAUCUCAGAGCCCGACAAUUGACACGAUUUGAGUUUCAUUUCGGCACUUAUUAUCCCAGAGUAUUACUAGUCUUCACACUUGUGGUCACUUUCAGUAUUUCAAAUCCACUCAUCGCACCCGUAGGUCUGUUUUAUAUGUUUUUCAAGAAUUUGGUGGAUAGGUAUCUGAUAUAUCACGUGUAUAUCCCGUCAAAAAUCAACUACAAAAUGCACGCCAAAGCGAUACUCUUUGUGAAGAUAUCGUAUGUAUUUCUUCUGCUCCAGGUUUACAUCAAUUUGAACGGAAGGGACAAUCCCUGGCCGUAUUUGACCAGAAACUUCAAUUAUUGGUCUAAAAGAGGUAUAAAUGGUCCGAAACCACUGAUAGGGUUCGGCAACGUAUUGAGUCAGUUCAUAACACCCAGGCCUUUAUUCGAACUCCAGUGGUAUAAGAAAUAUGGAAAAUUAUAUGGUACUUAUAUUGGAAACGAACCGGUCAUUAAUGUCGCGGACCCGGAGUUAAUUAAAACAAUUUUAGUCAAAGACUUUCAUUUAUUUCCGGAAAGACAUCCCGAUAGAGGACUUCACCCCAUAUUAGAGAAGAAUUUAGUGGAUGUGACCGGAGAUGACUGGAAAAGACUGCGAUCGCUGGCCAGCCCUACGUUCAGUUCCGGCAAAAUGAAGAAAAUGUAUCCAAUGAUCAAAAGCUGUUUGGAGGAGUUCUUGAGUGAGUUAAAUACGUACGCCAAGGAGGGACGGGAGGCUAAUAUGAAGGAACUAUACGGCAAUUAUACAAUGGAUGUGAUCGCCACGUGUGCCUUCGCCACCAAAACCAAUGCCCAUAAGGACCCAAACAAUCCGUUUAUAAAGAAUGCAAAAGUAAUAUUCAGUGUAAAAGUGGCCAAAAUGGUAGCCGUUUUAGUGUUGCCUAAACCUGUGCUCAGAAAAAUGGGAAUUCAAUCGUUUUUUGAUGAGUCAGCCAACGAUUUCUUUUUCAAUCUGACCCGACAUGUGAUUAAACAGCGAAAGAAUAGUAAUAAGAAAUACAACGAUUUCAUUGAUUUGCUAUUAAAUGCUGAGAAGAGUAAUAACGAAGUCAUUCACGACGAGAAUGAUGCCCACGAAUCACAUCAUGUGAAUGAAGGCGAAGAAGAGUUAGAAAUACAAAAUAAUACAUUGAAUGGCAUUAAGAAGUAUAUAACUGAAGAUGAGAUCCUAGCCCAGGCCUGGAUCUUCUUUCAGGCGGGUUAUGAGACGACUGCAACAACCCUUACAUUCGCAACGUAUGAAUUGGCCUUAAAUGAAGACAUCCAACAGAAACUAUACGAAGAAGUGUUGUCUGCCGUCGACGCCAAGGGAGACAUUGAUUACGACUUGUUGUCGAAACUACCCUUUUUGGAUGCAGUCAUCUCUGAGACAUUAAGACUUCAUUCGCCAGUUCUUAGACUUUCUCGAAACUGUAUAAAUGGUGAUUAUAAAUUAGGCAACACUGGGAUCACCCUGUAUAAGAACCAAAGAGUCGAGAUUCCGACUUUUGCCAUUCAUUUGAGUGAAGAAUAUUAUCCAAACGCAGAGAAGUUUAUUCCGGAUAGAUUUUUGCCCGAAAACCGACACAAAAUAGUGCCCUACACUUACCUACCUUUCGGUGCUGGUCCUCGCAAUUGCAUUGGUAUGAGGUUUGCGUUAAUGGAGGCAAAGCUGGGGUUGGCUCAAGUGCUCCGACGAUUCAAAAUCGUGAGGACCUCACAAACGGAUGUUCCGCUCAAAUUCAAUAAGACUUUAUUCUUAAACUCCGCAAAACGUGUCAUCGUUGGCAUUGAAGCCAGAAAUUGA